UCUAUUUUCUUUCUGUUUGAAGAGUUGUUUCACGUAAACCGUAUCGUCAAGCUAAACUGUAGCGCAGCUCAGCAUGUCUGAGGAAAGCCUUGAGGACAGAACUGUGGAGGUGUCUGGAAUACCUGCAACCAUUGAGGAUGAAUUAUUAGGACUGUACUUCGAAAACAAGCGUCGUUCUGGAGGUGGACCACUGACGUCUCUCAACAGAAACGGUGGCUGUGCAGUGUUAGUCUAUGGCGAAGCGCAAGUUGCUGCGAGGGUAUUAGCCAAAGGACCCCAUGUACUGCAGAGUGUUACGCUCACAGUCAGGAAGCCAGCUCCAAAGGACCCUGGGAAGUUGCUACUCCGUGGUAUUAACCCCCAGACUAGCCUGGAGCUAGUGGAGCUGUAUGUGGAGAGUGUAACAGGCAUUGAAACUGGAGACUACACCUUAUACCGCUCUUCAGGGAAAGACCUGGUUCUGAUUCACUUUCACACACCCAUCUCAAAGGAAGAUUUUCAAUCUUUGCUCUCAAAGAUCACUGCAAAGCAGUUAGAUGGCACCGCAAUUCACCCAGAGCAGAUAGAACAGACAGACUCCAUUUUGGUGGAGAAUGUGCAUCCCACUGUGACUGAAGACGUGCUCACCCUUUACUUCGAGAAUAAACGUGGGGGUGGAGGGGAGGUGAAGGACGUUUGUAUGCUUGCAGAUGGGGUAGCCAGAGUCAGCUUUGUGGACUUUGAAGCUGUGGAUCGAAUCCUAAAAAGGACCCACAGAUUGCAUGAGUGUGAUUUGAAAGUCCAGCCUUACUUUGACUUUCUGGGAACAAUUAAAAAUCUACCAUCCCCAAGCUCUCCGAAUGGCACCGUGGAACUUAAUACCCAAAGUGCAGAGGAUGCACGCACUGAGAGUCUGGGGCAAGAACAGACUAGUCCUCCCAUAGCAGCACAUACAUCAGGUUUGGUGUCUCCACCUGACUCAGCACCAGGGGCAGGAGCAGCUGAUCAGAGCAGGGAGACCCUUCUACAGAGUGCACCUUCCACACCUUCAUCCAGUAAAAUCUCUCUGCCUGAUCCAUUGAAACUCGGCCUGUUUAAAAGCAGCCAACUCCUCCAGGACCUCCGACAGUCUCACCCAGGCUUUGAGAUCAAAAUCACGGACAAUGCUGUGGAGAUGUCCGGGCCUGGCCAGCCUUGUGUCGAACAGCUGAAGAGUCAGAUCCUGGAGUUCUUCACUGAAGUUGCCCAGGUGCAUCUUACAUACGAUGUGGUGAAGGCCAGGUUCCUAGCAAGGGAAGAGGUGAAGGGCAGGCUGCAGCAGACUCUGUCACAGCAAGGCCUGCUGGCCACUUACACAGUGGCAGACUGUGUGGUCACAAUCACAUCGCUUUCCCUGCAUAUGGUGAACGAGGCCUGUAAAUUGCUUAAGUCCUUGAUUUGCGAGUUCAGCAUAGCGGUCACCUCGGAAUAUGAGUGCAUGCUCUAUUCAAAGCAGUGGUCGGAAUUCUUAGAGUCUUUGGCAUUCUGCUCUGCCAGCAUGUCCACCAGAGAAGAAAAGAUUGAAGUUGUGACUUUGACAAGCGUGAAGGAGGAGAUGGAGUUAAAGAUUAUUGAGUUUCUCAGCACACCCAUUCAGGUGGAGACGGUGAUCACCAUGGAGCCCGGGAUGCUAAAGUACAUCCAAGUCCACUGUCACCAGCUCUUGGCUGACAUGGACCAGGUUUCUGUAUUCCCACUCGAAGGAGAGGAUGUGACUGGAUUCAGAGUGCAUGGGAACGCGAAUGCGUGCCAAGCCGCAGAUGAGCUUCUGCGAGGCGUGGUGAGCUCAGUAUUGACCAGAGACAUUUCUGUAAGCCAGCCAGGAGUGGCCCGCUUUCUGGUCGAGGAGGAGGGAACCAACAUCCUUGAAGAAAUGAAGGCUAAAUUUCAAGUCUACAUCAGUAUGGACAAAGUCCAUUGGGUACCCCUGGAAGACCAGGACGUCUUUGAAUCGGCAUGGAAACUAACAUCACAACAAAACUUUCAGAGAAACUCCUCAGACAGUUACCACAGUUCUGCACAGCCUUUGAACUCGCCUCUAACUGGGACGGAUGUGAAUGCCAAUGACCUCAGUGAAGCUGACAGAGGUCUUCUAGAAGAGGCAAAGAGACUAGUCUCUGUCUUUGGUGGGACGUUGAACUCGACCUCAGGUCCUCCCAGCGUGAAUACAAUCAUGGAUGAAGAGGACCUCUAUACUGCUGCUGAUCCUGACACUCUCAGCUCAGCAGACAACACAGGCAGACAAUCAGCGGAUGAUUCUGUUAAUUCUGCGGAGGACGCACUCCGGCCAGCACCAGAGGGAGGGGACAGCGGGGAGCUCCGUGUGGAAGACCAAGAGAUGGACUAUGCCAAGCAGCUUUCCCUGGAGGCCACUUCCCCAGACCUUACAGAGGAUGCUAUGCUCUCCUUGGCUAUACAGUACUCAAUGGAAAGUGGGAGGUCCUCAGCAGCAGAUGGAGAGGACGAACUGCAAAAAGCGUUGGAAAUAUCCAAGAGAACAGUCCAGCAAUGUGGCGCUGCCGCUGCCGAUUCACAGCUGGAGCAAGCGAUCCGCGUCUCGCUCCAGGAUGCCAUUAGGGCGGCUAACACCGCCGAGAUACGGGUGUAUGCUGGCUAUAGCUGCGACCUGAUCAGAGUGGACAUUGCCUUGGGGAAGAAAGUCAGCCUGAGGCAGUGUCAGGAGACGGUUCAGCACAAGUGCCUGAAGAAUCUGUCCGAGCACCAGAAGAAAUGUGUGGACCUCAUCAAAAGGAAACAUGCGGUGGAAAUUCAGAUCCAAGGAACCACUGCCACGAUUUCAGGCUUUAAGGACUAUGUCACAGAGGCAGUCCCUGACCUGAAACAAUUGCUGAAAAGGAUUUCGAACAUAAUACCCGAUUCUGAAAUUCUGCGGACCGUGCAGUGGGUGUGGCAUGACUCAAAGUCGGUGCCAACGCCGUACCCUCCCAAUGCUACUGCCUACAUAGAAAACGCCUGGAAAAUGAAGCAAAAGAAGAUCGAUAUUGUUUUCGAUGGUCAACCUUACAGCAUUGACUUUGAAAAAAUGAAGGAGUAUAACAUUUCCUCUGGGAAAUCUGUUCAAAUUUCGAGGAAAUUACUGAGCUCAGCUGACUUGUAUACAGAUAUACCAGAUGAGGACGUCAGCGUGUUGUCAAACCUGCCUGAAGCUUCCAGAGUCGAUGAGGAUUCUGAUGAAUUCCAGAAUGUCGUCAAAGAGUUCUACGACAGUAUUCAGGAAUACCACAACAAAAUAAAAAUUAUAAAGGUGGAGAAACUCAUGAAUACUCUUUUGUACAAUCAGUACAAGCUAAAAAAGGCCAGCAUGCUGCAGAGUGCUUCUGAUCCAGAGGUGGAGAGAACUCUGUACCAUGGAACAAGUGAAACAAGCGUGAAGGAGAUCUGCAUUCAUGGCUUCAACAGAAGCUUUUGUGGGAAAAAUGCUACGGUGUAUGGGCAAGGGGUCUAUUUUGCCGUGAAUUCAGCCAUAUCUGUCCAAGACCAGUACUCGCCCCCUAACGCUGAUGGACACAAGUAUGUAUUUGUGACAAAAGUGCUGACAGGAGACUUCACCAAGGGCAAGCAUGAAAUGAAGACCGCUCCCCUGAAGGAGGGCUCGGAUAUCCCUCUGAGAUACCAUAGUGUGGUAGACAAGAUGGACUCCCCCACCCUGUUCGUCAUCUUCAAUGACACACAAGCCUAUCCAGAAUAUCUCAUCACAUGCCAGAAGAUCCGUGGCUGACACCAAGCCAUUCUUCAUUGCAGUUUCAUGUCCUUCUGCUAAAACUUACCUGAAACUACAUGCCUGGACAAAAUAAUCAAUAGCUUUGAUUACUUACAGAUAAGGGCUUUAUAUAACAGAGUUUAUUUAAAAAAAUCUUGUUUUAAAAUGUAACACUGCUUACCUCUGUAUACUGAAAAAAUUGGUACAAUGCCACAGUGCUGUUUGGAGUUUAACUUUCUUUUAAAUGGUUUACGCUUGGUGGUAUUCUGUUAUGU